ACAAGGAAGUGCAGACUUUUGUUCAACCAGAGACUUGUAGGCUACCUGCCAAAGUGCGAGUUCAGUGCUGUUCGCGAGUGUGACGACAACAAUCAACAAACAACUGAGGUUUCUAAAACCUAGAGCUCCCGCACUCAGAUUCAAGCAGCUCUGCAGCUUGUGUGUGUGACACAAAAUGGCUGCCACUAAAAAAGUGAUUUUUGAGACUCUACAGAAUCUUAAGAGUGAUGAUUUCACAGAAUUCACCUGGCACCUGGAGAAUCCUACAGAUCGCAUCGAGCCUAUUCCUGAAGCAAGGCUUGAGAAUGCUAAUCGUCAAACAGUUGCGAAUCUCAUGGUACAGCAGUACACUGAUGAGGCUGUGAAUAUUGCAGUCAAAGUGCUGCGCGACAUGAAACAAAAUGAUCUCGCAAGCAAACUUGAGAGGAAACUUCAGGAAGUUCAGCAGCCUGAUCAGGUGGACGGAAGUAAUGCUCCCGUUUCUGUGCGUCAGCUGCAGCCCAUCCAGUCCAAUUGGAAGAGACCAGACAGGAUUAUUCCCUGCACCCAGUCUAAGGAAAAAAUUCUUAGAGAGAAUAGAGAUGACGUUUAUAAAAAGAACAAGUCUCAGAGGAAAGGUUUAGCCCUGCUGAUCACCAACACACACAAGAGGGAUGGAGCAGAGAGAGACGAGGAGAACAUGGAGUGGCUGCUGAAAGCUUUGGGUUACAGAGUUGAGAAACACACAAAUCUCUCUGGAAAAGAAAUAGAGGAUGCUGUCGAGAACUUCGCUGCACUUCCUGACCAUAAAGACUCGGACAGCACCUUCGUGGUUAUAAUGUCUCACGGGAACAGAAUUUAUAAUAGAGAUGUCAUUGCAGGUGCAGGUGUCAGUUAUACUGGCCCCGAUGAUUACUUCUUUGUUGACAAAAUCUUCACCCGUCUGAACUCAGUGAAUUGUCCUGCUCUGAUUGACAAACCAAAGGUUAUUCUGAUCCAAGCCUGCAGAGGAGGUGACCCAGGAGGCGUGAAAAUGAGUGACAGCACACGUGGCACUUAUGCUGAUGACAGCUCAUUUGACUCAGACGCCUGGGUGCACAAAGAGAAAGACUUUGCCUGUUUCAUGUCCACCCUCCCUGAUACCAAAGCAUGGCGUAUUGAAUCUGGAAGUUUUUUUAUCAUGUACAUCGUGGAGGUGUUCUGUAAAUGGGCUCAAGACUCUCACAUUAUGGAGUUGUUUGGGAAGGUCACCUCAGGCAUGGCGAAACACCCCGGAAGCAAGGACAUAAAAUUUUUGCCGUGUAUUGAAAGAACAUCCCUUACGAAGGACUUCUACCUGUUUCCUGGACUCUGAUGUCCAGCUUAAAUCAAAAUCACUCUUGAUCUCUAAUUAGAAUCUAAACAAAAACAGAGUGUUAAAAAAUAUGAUUGGGUAUAAUUCACUCUUGUGUGCUCUUUCCCAAGUUUGUCUCAAUAAUGAAUUAUCUGGAGUGGGUAAAAGCAUUGUUUCUGUUAUUGAGUAUAUAAAAACAAUGCCAGCAAAAAUCCAAGCUAAUAUCAAGGUUGUUUAGUUGUUUCAGUUUGUUAUUUGACUAAUAAAUGACGAUACAAUUUUUGUUUUAAACCAUUUUUUUUUUUUUGACAAAUUCCUAAAAUAUUUGUUUUCUCUUUAUUAUGACACAUGCUCUAAUAAAUGUUAAGCAUUUUUCUCUUUUCACUUUCUCUUUUUCUCUUUCUAGUUUGUUGAAAUUUCAUUUGUAUAUCUUAUAUUACUUUGCUAUUGCCUCAUUACCAAGUUAAAAUUGCAUAAAAUUGAUAGUUUCCAUACAAAUCCACAAAAUAGUGAGAACUGUAGUGGUCAUUUUUACUCCACUUGCUUUUAAGAACAUUUAUAAAUCUUUUAUACUUAAAAAAGUGACCAAUAAAGAUUUUCUAAUUUGUUACCAUG